UGUUUGUUAGUAGCGAAGGAAGUGUUCCUCGAAGAAUGCAGUCGUGGAAUCAAGACUGUUAAGGAGAGCAAGAUUGAUACCACAGAAGCAGAGAAAUUAUUUGAUUUGGUUGGUGGAUGCAUUGUAGAUUUGAUGUCUGUAGCAGAUAAAUAUCUGGGAGGAAUACCCAUUGAGGUUAUUGAACGCAAAAUUUUAAGGAAAAUCGAAGACAAAUUCAGAGUGCAAAACUUAUGA